UGUUGAGAUGUGGCGAUAGCCGGCCUCUACUUGACGCGCACGUGUACGUGUGUGUAGAUAUAUGUUCUCGAUUAAAUGUUAGAAAUGCGGUAGGCAUUUGAACGUCGCCAAAUCUCAUCCGACUUAUCGAACAGCUGUCGCGCGGAAUGCUAAAGUCCGCCGUCUCCUCUUCUCGUCCAAUUCUCGUUUGAAGCACUCCGUUGUUUCAACUCAAGACUCGUUUAAUAGUUGAUACACCUACGGAGCAGCACACGCACACGUACAUAGAAGCACACACACGCACGGGAGAAAUUCGCCUCUAAUAACUGUGCCGCACUGGCACGUGUGAACGUAUCGAGCGGUACCUGUGCUUGCGCUGGCAUUAACAUUACCACCGCUGGUCAUCAAUCCGCACGUAAUCGCGAGGCUCAUCGGACUGAUUAAGAAGUGACGCUUCGGCCGUCGACGCUUCUGAUAAGAAACACGCGAACAAAAGACGAAGAGAAAAAAUAAAGACAUUUGAACAACAUCAACAACAUCAUCAACAACAACUAAAAAUAUUUAAAGUGCAUCGCUCCACCACCACCACCACCGCCUUCCGCCCGCCACCAUGGAGCUACUGGACGGGGGCGCCGCCGGACAUUUCGUCUCCGAGGCCGAGAACAUCAUCUACCGUGGCGAGCCGUGCUUCGGCUACGGAGACAUCGACUUCCUCGACGACUUUGACCCGCGACUCGAGAGCCCGUCGGCACCCGGCGGCGCUCACCGCGGCGUGGACGACGACGAUCUGAUGCCGUCGCCCGUCGGGGACGAUCAGCACGUGCGGGCCCCGCUUCACGUGGGGGGCCACCACGGCCCGGGCCCCUGCCUCCUGUGGGCUUGCAAGGCGUGCAAGCGCAAGACGAGCACCACGGACCGUCGCAAAGCCGCCACGAUGCGCGAAAGGCGCCGCCUGCGCAAGGUGAACGAAGCGUUCGAGACGCUCAAGAGAUGCACCUCCAGCAACCCCAGCCAGAGGCUGCCCAAGGUGGAGAUUCUGCGCAACGCCAUCCGCUACAUCGAGGGGCUUCAGCGGCUACUGCGGCAGCAGGGAGGAGGUGGUGGUGGUGGAGGUGGUGGUGGUGAGCUGGUUGGAGGCAACCACGAGGAUGGAUACUCGGACGGGGGGAUGUCGGGAGGGCGAGAUGAUGCGAGUGGAACGACGGAGUGUGGACGAGUGGCGUUUGGAAGAUCAGACACGGACUACGGAGGCCAAUACAACUCCCCCGUGCUUGAGGCCGCCGGAGUGAAGGGUGCGCUCGUGGUGUCCAGCCUUGACUGCCUGUCCAGCAUCGUGGAGCGAAUCUCCAGCGAGCAGAACCCCGGACCCGCCGGCCCGCCCGGCGGUGGCGGCCCCCACGCCAGUGGGCCCCCCGGUGGGCCCCCCGGUGGGCCCCCCGUUGGGCCGGCCUACGGCCACAUCCCCUCCGACGGGGGCCCGGAUCCCAGCCACGGUGGAGGGACCCUCGGGGAACCGGGACCACAGUUGUGUUCCAUUGGCCGAGACAACUCGAUCGCCCCUACCCCUGUGUACGAGGUGUUAUAACUGAAGCAAACGAAUCGGUGGGGGUGGCAGUGGGAUGGGGUGGGGAAACCUAAGUCAGAUACGGCUCAUGACUUCAUUUCUUGUGGCUCUCGGCCACGCGAGGCCCACCACUUCCAAACUUGCAGGCAUCUUGUACUAGAAGGGAGGAGGAGGGGGGGGUUACGUUCAACCUGGCAACAUCACUGCAUUUCCAAGGUUCGUGCCGUCAAUCACUUGUGUCACUGCCGUGAUGGAAGUGGCUGAGGUGGGUACUGUAUUGGUACGGUUGCCUACAUGUAGUUGUCUUUUUUUAACUCCUGUUCGGCUCUCAGCAAGGAAAAGGUUCCCCAACCCUGCACUAGAGUGUGUGGGCGCCCGUCUAAUUGUCUGUGUGUGUGUGUGUGGACAUAUAAACGAGUUGCAAUUGUAAGUCGAUUGGUAGUUGGGUUUAAGUCGACUCACUAAACGAAGCGAGUCUUCUUCUCAUUCUAGUCCCAUGGCCUUUUUGCGCAAUUGGAGGUACAACCCUUUCCUUCAGAGAAAAUCUCCUUGCAGUGUUCUCCAUCUGUCACUCCGUCAUCACAACCGAUAUCGCUGCCAUCCUGUCCAGCGCUUUGCUGUUUUAUGACUAACAGCCAGAUCGUGGUGUUCAUCCUCACCCCGCCCCUGUACCCAGCACUUUUCACGCUUGGUAAUCGACCACAUUGCAUCCUGGCCACGUGUUACUAAUGCAGUGCCGCAGUUUGCCGUGCUAGACACAACUUGGUUGCCUAUGUCUGUCCAGCUGUCUUGUUUCUCGCACGCUUUGAAAAAUCAAUCAAUAAUUACAUGCAGGAGGCUUUCGGUUCAGAGGCACCGAUUCUCCGUCGUUACUAGGGUUCUCACACCUCGCUGUUGAGUACACCGAGGAGAUCAACGGCUUCUUCUUUGACGUGACUAAGAUUUCUCUAGUUUUUACAAACUUCAUCCGGUUUGCCUUAAGCAGCUCUUGCGGAGCCGAGUCUCGUAUUUGCGUCGUUUUUACUCGUGGCACGUGCUGUCACGAUGCUGCCAAGAUAUUUUAACUUCCAGUGGCUGUCCAUCUGACAAUGAUGGUGAUCCUUUACUUUCCAGCAGUUCCUUUUUUACCAUUGAUGUUUAUUGUUGCAAAUAUUACUCAUCCUAUGGGGAAUUUUUUUUUAUCGAUAUCAUCUGCGAACCAGCAGGUUACAUAGCCUUCACUCUGUUCCUCCUCAAGUGCCUCUCACGUAAUGUACUCCAACACACAUGUACUCCAACACACAUGUUGGAGUGCCGUGCGGGAGGGAGACAGCGCACAACCCUGUCGCACUCCGAGCACGAUUCUAAACCAUUUCGUCAAUAGCGCAUCCCAUGCAUCGCCCAUUGUGUAGCCUGCCUUUGUGUUUAUAUGGGUGAAUUAUCCAACAAUCGGCUGCAUCACGUAGAGUAGAAACGCAGCAAGUCAAGGUGAAUUGUGUUGUAUACCGUAUUUGGACAUGGGAUCGUGGUUGGAUUGUGGACAGUAGCUCACGUGAUUCUGGACCAGCUUUGUCUCAUCUGACAUAGGAUCCAACAUAAAUACAUACAUACCAUAAAAAAACUAAUCCUUAUUUUAUCUGUUACAGAAUCCCGGAUUCAUCCAAUACAGAACCCUUGACUUAUACGAUUAAAGAACCGUCAACCCAUCGAAUAGAGAAUUCUGGGGUCAAUUUCGUCUAUUAGUUCAGCUUGUAGGUGUUGAUGAAUUUCACUCACUUCAGUGGCCAAACAGUAAAUCUUUUCAUCGAUUAAUAUAUUCACUACAGCAAAGCUUGACUCGAUUAUGAAAUUCAGUCUUGGUUGCAACUCGAUUAUAUAUGUGUAUACACGCACACAACCUCGCCAACACAAAUCUUCAUGAAAUAUUCCGUGCCUUAUUCUGUUACAUCAAAAUCGCGUGUGAAGCCAAACUAAUUUGUACAAGAGCCUGUUGUGUUAUUGCUGUUAUUACUGUACAGUAUUUUUUCUUAUUAUUGUGUUCUUGGUUUUGUUCAAUAUUAGUUUAGCACUCUCAAAGUCUCAAUUGUUUAAAGCUAAUUUCCUUUUUCUUCGUUUUUUUGUUUCAUUUGAUGUUUGUUUGGCUCUUCGUGAUUCUUCCUAGUAACUUUGUAUUUUUCAAGGUGAGCCAAAAAAAUUGAUACGGACCAUAUAGUUUAAUUUUUUUCACGGUAUCUGUGUGAUUGCUCACACGUUAUCUGUUCUGUAUUAUCACGAUUAUUAUUGUGAUUGUUAUUGCAAAAACCCAAGAACCAGGGCCUCGGUGCCAAUAAAAAAAAACAACAAUAGUGCGUUUAUGCGAACGCCCGUUCAUUUAUAAAUUGUGGCAUAAUACUGUGGUUGCUGAAUGUAUUUAUGUUUGUAAUUUUUUUAAUUUAUUUCUUACAAGCAAAAAAAAAGUAUGACAUUUUUUUUUGGAUCGCGGCCCCAAAUUUGUGUACUGUAUGUCAAAAUAAAAAUACGAAUACCAAAGUGCCAAAGCUUGUUAAUAAAAUAUAUAAAAAUGUCUAAA